AUGGGGAUUGCGGCACGUUGUUUGUGUUGGCUUGUCGUGUGCAGUCUUGCAUCAUGGGCUCAAGGUUUUGCUGUUGUGAAGGAGCCUCUCUAUGGCAUCUCCACUGGCGUGUCGUACACGUUAGCGUUCACCGUUGGCGGGACGCCGACAAAGCCGUCAUCGUCGUACCAGCUGCUCGUGGACACGGGGUCGUCCAAUGUGGCACUGGCGACGUCGACAUGCUGCAGCAACUCUCGGGCGUUGGGAUCAUUGCCAGUGUUCAGCUGCGCCGCGUCGUUGUCAUGUGCGGCUACGACUGAGCCAGCGACCAACAUUUCCGUCAAGUACAUCGCGUCGUCGUGGACGGGACAUGUGGUCAAGGAUGUAUUGGCCACACCCCGCCUUGGCGCGAUCUCCGACUUUGAGUUUGUCGCGAUCGAUUCGCAGCAGGAAUUCAUUAAGGGCGGGUUCAGUGGCAUCCUCGGCAUUGCCUUCGAUGCCCUCGCCCAGCCCAAAGACAAACCCUUGACCACGCUCGUGCAAACGCUCGUGGAUACACGUCAAAUGGACAAUGUGUUUGGGGUGCAGCUAUGUGGCAUUUUGCAGCCAUAUGCCCGUGGGGUAACCCCCGCGGAUAUCUCGGGCGCCAUCGUAUUCGGGGGACUCGUGCCACCUACGGGAAGAUCCUUGUAUCGAGGGCCAUUGGUGUACACCCCCUUAGUACAAGCCAAGUGGUAUGUGGUUCUGGUGUCGGACGUGGCGUAUAACGGCACGUCGCUCCCACUGCCAUGCACAGCCUUCAAUGCACCCAAGGCUAUUGUGGACACGGGCACGACCAACAUGGUCCUGCCGCCGGCGGUGUACCGCCCACUCAUGGCCAUGCUCCGCGAUGCCACGUUGCAAGCCAUUCCUGACUUUCCAUCGACGUACUUUAGCGACCGGUCGGUGUGUUGUGAAGCGUACUGUGACCCGGCGGACGUCAACUCGACGCUCAUGUCACUCCCGUCCCUGACCGUGUCGUUUGCGCUGCAGGGAAACGUGCGAGAUCAAGUCACGAUUACGAUCCCACCGGCGUACUACUGGCGCCCCAUUUCUGUGCACAGCGCCGUGGGCACCACCACGUGCCGCAUGAUGGGGCUGUCGGAAGGAAGCAGCAUGAUCCUCGGCAAUGUGUUUAUGGACGGGCUGUACACAGUCCACGAUCGUGCCAACGGUCAAAUUGGGUUUGCCGUUGCCGACAACUGCGAAAACCUUGCGAUUUCCAUGAAAACCGUCUUCUCGUCGGCGCUACCUCCAUCGACAUCGUCGUGGUGCGACUGCCUCUCCGCUGCCGAACUCAACGACAACCUCGUCACGUCCAAGAUUCCAGGACAACGAGCGUGCUUCAUUUGGUACUGGUGGACGUAUGUCUUUCUCGUGUCUAUCGUGGUGAUUAUCAUCUGCUGCGUCAUUCUCUUGUGGAUGUGGAUGACCAAACGGCGCCGCAGUCAACAGCGCCGCGCCAUGCAUGCUGCUCCUCCUCCCAGUUUCCUCCAGCACCAGCUGCUUGAUGGCGAAGGACCUAUGACACCGAAAGAAGCGCCGCCGCUGUCCCUGAGCUCUGAAUGUCUGUCGGACGAUGACCUGCCAGCAGCAUCGCAUCACCACACAGAGUACUCUUUGUGACUUUUCGAUAACAAUCGCGAAAAUUCGUCAUCCGAAUAAAGUUUUUACUUAUCCGGA